CACUAUUUAUCUUCCUCUGAUUUGUCCAUUUAGAUCUCUCUCCUGUGCCUGAGUAAAUAUUCAUAUGCCAUUUUUGGACACUUUGCCAUUGUAGUAGGGUCUAGUAGGACGAGAAGCGUUUCUCCAACUAAAGCCAACGACGAGGAGAGAGCUUCUUUACGUUUUUUUUAAUGCCAAAAUACCCUCCAAUUCCAUUGCCCAAAAAGCAGACAGAGAGAUUUGGAGUAGUAUCCAUUCACAUAGAAGACAUACGGGUCCAAAAAGGACCAUCUUUUCUUACCCACAGUCGUGAACUGUUUAAAAAUUUUUGAGUACCCAUUUGGUCAUUUGGAUUUGUGGGUCUGGUUCAUCUCCCCAAAAUCCCAUCUGGGUACUCUUUUUUUUGCUCAAAUACUGUAAUUAGAUGGGGUUUGAAGGGUCCAGGGAUGGACACAAGCGUUCUAAGAGCUUCCCAGAUAAGGGAGUACUUGAAGGAGAUAAAUUGAAUAAUUUCCUUGAACCUUCGCACCGACUAAAGUUGGAUAUGGGGCACUUGAAGGACAGUGCCAAGACCAAGAAGAAACAAUUGCCUAGCUCUGAAGUCCAAAAUUCUUUGAGGCAAGAGAUUCUACAACUUGAGAAAAGAUUACAAGAUCAAGUUGGUCUCCGUUGUGCUUUAGAAAAAGCACUGGGUUAUAGGUCUUCCUCUCAUUGUAUCACAGAUGGAAUAUCAAUGCCUAAGCCGGCGACAGAACUAAUUAAAGAAAUUGCAGUAUUGGAGCUUGAAGUAGUGCACUUGGAGCACUAUCUUCUCUCAUUGUACCGGCAAGCAUUUGAUCAACAAGUUUCCUCCUUAUCUCCAUCUACAAAAGAUGAAAGAUUAAAAUCACCAUUGACUACCCCGAGAGGAAGGUGUCUACAAUUUUCCAGGACUGACAUUAAUACAAAUAGGGAAAUUUCAACUCUUCAAACUAGCUGUCGAUCGCUGGCCAAUCCAUGGAACGAAUCCAGUAAUAUAGAAGAAGUGAAGCCAGUAGAUUGCGGUGUACACCGCAGUCACUCAUCGCUGUCACAACGUUCAGUUCCAUCAACUAGAACUUCUCCCAUGGAAGAGUCUCUUGGUAAAGCUGUUCGUGCCUGUCAUUCUCAACCUUUGUCCAUGAUGGAGUAUGCUCAGAAUACUUCUUCAAACAUAAUCAGUCUGGCAGAGCAUCUUGGUGCCCGUAUUUCUGAUCAUGUCCCAGAGACACCUAACAAGCUUUCUGAAGAUUUGAUCAAAUGCAUGUCAGCUAUAUACUGCAAGCUCGCAGACCCACCCUUGACAAAUCAUGGUCUCUCAUCUCCCAUUUCAUCUUUGUCGUCAAUGAGUGCAUUUUCUCCAAAAGAUCAAUGUGGUAUGUGGAGUCCAGGGUUCAGGAAAGAUUCAUCUUUUGAUGUACGGUUAGAUAAUCCUUUCCACGUCGAAGGACUAAAGGAGUUCAGUGGACCUUACAGCACAAUGGUUGAAGUGCAACGUAUAUAUAGAGAAAGUCACAAAUUGGGUGAUGUUGAGGACAUGUUACAAAAUUUCAGGUCCCUUAUUUGUCGAUUAGAAGAGGUGGAUCCCAGGAAGAUGAAACAUGAAGAGAAGCUAGCAUUCUGGAUCAACAUACACAAUGCGUUGGUGAUGCAUGCAUUUUUGGCUUAUGGGAUUCCACAAAACAAUGUGAAGAGAGUCUUUGUACUAUUGAAAGCUGCCUAUAAUAUUGGAGGUCACAUAGUAGGCGCUGAUACAAUACAGAAUUCCAUCCUUGGAUGCCGCAUGUCUCGUCCUGGACAGUGGCUUCGCUUGUUACUUUCUUCAAGAACGAAGUUCAAGUCAGGAGGUGAACGACAAGCAUAUGCCAUUGAACAUCCCGAACCCCUUGUACACUUUGCACUAUGUUCAGGAAGCCAUUCUGACCCUGCAGUUCGUGUUUACUCACCCAAGAGAGUAUUUCAAGAGCUAGAACUUGCAAAAGAAGAGUACAUUCGGGCUACCUUUGGCAUAAGAAAAGACCAGAAAAUUCUUCUACCGAAGAUUGUGGAGUCCUUUGCAAAGGACUCAGGGUUGUGUCCAGUUGGUGUGAUAGAGAUGAUCCAACAGUGUUUGCCUGAAUCUGUUACAAAGAGUAUUAAGAAAUGUCAAGAUGGGAAGCACCGCAAGAGCAUUGAAUGGGUUCCUUAUAGUUUUACUUUUCGAUAUCUCAUAUCAAAAGAGCUGUUGAAGUGAUUUAUAGCACAGGUCGAUUCCAAAACCGAAGGAGUUUUUAUUUUGCUUUUGUACAAAUGAAUUAGAUUUGUGUUUAGCUAACCUCCGUUUUGCUCCAUCAUGAAAUUGGAAGUAUGUUUUGUUUGCUGUAAUUUCUGGUAGAAUUAGUAGUAUUGGAUUUGAAUUUUGUACAUAAAUGGUAUACAUGUUCAUCCA